UCCAAGCAAGAAACCUUGUCCCUCGAGACAACAAUGGUUAUUCUGACCCUUUUGUUAAAGUGUAUCUUCUUCCUGGGCGAGGUCAAGUCAUGGUUGUCCAGAAUGCAAGUGCUGAGUACAAGAGAAGGACUAAGUAUGUUCAGAAAAGUCUUAAUCCUGAGUGGAAUCAAACAGUAAUUUAUAAAAGUAUUUCCAUGGAACAGCUCAAGAAGAAAACACUGGAGGUGACAGUUUGGGAUUAUGAUAGAUUUUCUUCCAAUGACUUCCUUGGGGAGGUAUUGAUUGAUUUAUCUAGCACAUCCCACCUUGAUAACACUCCAAGGUGGUAUCCUCUCAAAGAACAGACUGAAAGCAUUGAUCAUGGCAAAUCCCAUUCCAGUCAGAGCAGCCAGCAGUCCCCAAAGCCAUCUGUUAUCAAAAGCAGAAGCCAUGGUAUCUUCCCUGACCCAUCGAAGGACAUGCAGGUUCCCACCAUUGAGAAAUCCCAUAGUAGUCCUGGUAGCUCAAAAUCAUCAUCCGAAGGCCAUCUCCGUUCGCAUGGACCGUCUCGCAGUCAAAGCAAAACCAGCGUCACUCAGACCCACCUGGAAGAUGCAGGGGCUGCCAUAGCUGCUGCCGAAGCCGCCGUGCAACAACUCCGCAUUCAACCAACAGCACAUAAAAGCGGUCAGUCUAAUCAUGCCAGGAAGCAGCACAGACACAGCAUAGCAGGAGUCUUCCCCAUUCAAAGAACUCAGUCUGAUAAUCUGCCUCCACCAGCCAAUGGCAACCAAGACCAAAGCCAGCUAGCCCUCAGGAAGGUGAUGUCUGAUGGACCAGUCAAGCCAGAAGGAGGUGAGCAGAAAGGCCCUGUUCAAAGCACACAGCAAGAACAUCCCCAAAUUUAAAGCUCUCAUCUUUAAUUUUUAGAGAUUGUCUGAUAAAAUAUGUUUAUCCACUUUUUAAUGUGCUUUUGUGGGCAUGACAUUUCAGGACUUCAUCAUCACCAUGUAAGUCCCAAGAUCAGUCCCGUAAUAUAUCAACUACAGUGAUUUGUAUUUUUCUAUGCACUGGGCAUCUUUUGACUUUUGUUGGGAAAUAGAUUAACAAUAUUCAUAUUGCAGAAUGGAAUGCAUGCUACUAACCUAAUCUGUUCAAGCAUGACUAUAAAUAUGUUGCAUUGUGAUAAAAGUUUAAAUUGCUCACAGUUCAAGUUAGCAUACCAGUUGGAAUGUAGAUCAGUAUUUGUUGCGUAUUAUUUCAAGUGUAACUUUUAAAAAAAUAUAUAGUGGAUUUUGGAAAUUCUUAGAGGAAAGUAAAGGAAAAAUUGUUAAUGCACUCACUCACCUUUACAUGGUGAAAGUUCUCUCUUGAUCCUACAAGCAGACAUUUUCCACUCGUGUUUCCAUAGUUGUUAAGUGUAUCAGAUGUGUUGGGCAUGUGAAUCUCCAAGUGCCUGUGUAAUAAAUAAAGUAUCUUUAUUUCAUUCAUAAA